AUGACGGAUCCAAUUAAGCCUCGGCGCAAGGUUACAUCACAGAUAUCACUUGCACCUUCACCUUCACCAUCUAGCAGCUCCACCGUUCCUGCUCGUGUACGAGCACAUGUCAAUCCUUCCACGGUAUCUUCGCCUACACCUCCUCAACGUCCAUCCUUACGCUCUACACCUUCGUCAGUCUCUAUUCGGUCAACACCCAUAUCCCGAGAGAGGUCACCCGUUCCUGCUCCCGCAACCACCAGUUCAACGUCCACUCCUCCUAUCAGACCUUCAGCUAGGACAUCCAUAUCCACACCAACAAUACCCCUGCCGCCACGCUCAUCAGUAGGACUCACGCCAAAAAGCGGUACUCCCAUAGCGAGAAUUAGAGCGACGAAAUCCGUAGUAGAUGGACCAAGUAACGGGACUGGAACUAGAUCACCUCGUACUCCAGAUAUAAGGCGGAGUAAUACCGGACUUGAAGAAUCAAAUAGGAGUAGAACGCAAUCGCUUAGAAGAAAUGUAGCAUCUUCAUCAACUCCAAUAGCGAGAAUUAGGACUUCAGGUACACCUUCAACACCAUCAUUCACUUCUUCAUUCGGACAAUCAUCGACUACGAAUGUCACAACGCCUGACAUACAGACUCCUGUCCCACAAUCUCAAUCUCCAUUCCCAAUACCUGAUAUCAUCUCAACCCCGGGCGAAGAGGAACUGUACCCAACCUUUGGACUGGGUAUGGAUGAUGGCGGACUGAGGAUCUUACAAUCAACAUGGCGUGAUAACAGUCCCGAAAGAAUAUCGGAUUCAAGUAGUCAUAUCGAGCCGACUUCUAAUCGUUCUUCACCUUCACAUCGAUCACCUACUCACCCAGGUGCUAUCUCCUCUGCACAGCAUGCUUUAGCAUACAUAUUUCAACAUCCAGCUGCAUCUGCUCCUACUUCACCUAUCCCCUCAUCCACUCCUUCAUCUAAUAGAUCACCUAGAAUAGCACCUAGAAGUAGUGGACAUAGCCAUACGAGGCCUAAACUUCCUUUUCAUCCCCAUGGUACACAUAUACCUCCUCUUCCACCUCCGCCACUGAGCCCGGAGCUGAAAACGGUCGCUCUUCCUUCUAUGACUCCUGCUAGGUCCUCCGGUGAAUGGUCACGUACCGCUUCGAGUCAAGGAUAUUUUACGGGAUCGAGAAAGCUCAGUGAAACGAGUAGCGAAUUUGAUGGACCCUUGACGGAGAUGAAAAAGGACGAUCGAGACAGACUUAGCGGGGCGACAGUGGUUGAAAACGAUGUUAUCGGGUCAAGUGCGGUAUCAAAAGCUGGUGAUCAAGACGUGGACGUGGUGCUAGAGUAUGAUGCAGAAGAGGCAAAAAUAAAUCGCAAGGCUGCAGACCUGGAGAUUUCCAAUGCUAGUCUGCUUGCCAUCAAUAAGACGCUUGAAGCGACCAAAUCAAAGCAACGUAGUGAAAUAUUGAAACUUCGUCGAAUGCUUCGAGAAUCAAUAGCGGGAAAUGCUUUACCGUCGUUUUCAUCAUUUCAUCCAUUAGCAUCACCACUAUCUCUCUUAUCUCCUACAACAGAUACAUUUGACGAAGAUCUUGAUCCAGAAGGAGCAUAUUUCGACGAAGAGAUGGUAGAUCCUCAAAUAGAAGCUAGAUGGGAUAAGAUUGCAGACUUAGUGGCAAAUAUGAAACGGCGUGGUGAAACUGCUGUUGAGAUGGGUAAAGAAGAAAUCAAAUUUGGUCCCGGAAGGGUAUUGGGUUGGAUGGAAGUUGAACAGAAAAGAAAAGAAGAUCAUGAUUCCAACGAUUAUAACGAUUUAGAUAUGAGUACGGAAUCAAUAUCAAUAACACCAAAUGACGAAUUACAAGAUCUGGCAGGCGAUACGUCAAGAGAUGAAGUCGAAGCGGAAAUAUAA